AUCAACCUUAUUGAAGGUUUGAUAGGAUUUUUAUUCACAAAGUUUCAAAGAUGAACGCAGACAUUAAAGUACUUACCCGUCUUUUGUUGGCCGUUCUACUAAUAUCAUUGCUAUCCACCGUCUUUUUGGGUAAUCGAAUACACAAACGCAUGGUGGAGUCCUUGGAAAAACGCCCAUACAAAGUAAGAACUCCUCACGAGCACAACACGAAAAUCCCAUUGUGGUCCAUAACCAUAGCCGAGUCAGUUUUGUCUCACACGGAUUUGGAUAUUUUAAAAGUCCAACGCAAUGGUUCCUUCAUCCUACCUCUGCCAAAAGGCCAUCGCAAGGAUUGGCAUGACUAUGAGGCAAUGAAAGAAGAUUCCUUGCGAAUCGGUUUGGGGGAGCAAGGAAAGCCGGCUGAAUUGACUGAUCCCAUGGAUGAUCCCGCCAAAAAAGAAAUCCAGGAUCAACAUGGUUUUAACGGUCUACUUUCGGAUCGUAUUUCAUUAAAUCGAUCGCUUCCUGAUGCCCGACCUGAGAGAUGCAAGGAUCGAAAAUAUUUGAAAAAACUGCCGAACGUUUCAGUCAUUAUAGUUUUUCAUAACGAGCAUUUGAGUGUUCUUUUGAGAUCCAUUCAUAGCAUCGUGGAUCGAAGUCCUGUCGAUCUAUUGGAAGAGGUGAUUCUUGUCGAUGAUGCCAGUACAUUUAAGAAUUUAACGAAAAAUUUGGAUAAUUAUUUGAAUAAGAACUUCCCAAACAUCACUAAGGUAGUACGAUUCCAAACCAGACAGGGUCUGAUCAAAGCUAGGCUCCGAGGUGCUGGUAUGGCUGCUGGUCGCGUUUUGGUUUUUCUGGAUUCCCACAUCGAAGUUGGUUACACAUGGCUCCCACCUCUACUAGAACCCAUAGCUAUCCAUCCCUAUAUUGUUACUAGUCCCAUUUUGGAUUCGAUCUCCUCUACCACCCUGGCAUACGAGUUUGACAAGGAGGUUUUUCGUUUGGGGUUCGAUUGGGGCUUACAGCUUAAGCAUUUACCACCAAUUGGCGGCGAUAUUGGCGAUGGAUCGAACCCAUAUCGUACCCCAUUGCUUAUGGGGGCAGUGGUCAUUGAGAAAACAUUUUUUUGGGGUUUGGGCGGCUUUGACGAUGAGCUAGACAUAUGGGGUGGCGAGCAAUUCGAACUUAGCUUCAAGGUCUGGAUGUGUGGGGGUAUGCUGCUCCAUGUUCCCUGUUCCCGUAUUGGUCAUAUCACACGGGGAGCAAUGUUGCCGAAAGAUAGACCAAGGAAAUAUAAUUUUAUUAUUAGAAACUACAAACGAGUGGCUGAGAUCUGGAUGGAUGACUAUAAAAAGUAUGUAUACGAGAGGAAUCCUAAAGUCUUCAAGUAUGCCUCUACUGGAAAUCUAAAACGACUUAGAACUUUACGAGAGGAGUUGCGCUGCAAGUCCUUCGAUUGGUAUAUGCACAAUGUGGCCGAGGAUGUUCUUCUAAAAUUUCCCCCCGUUGAGCCUCCACCAUUAUCCAGUGGAUCCAUUCGAAGUGUUGGGUAUCCCGAACUCUGUAUUGAUGCCCAAAACCGCUAUGGAUAUGCACCUUUGGUUCUAACACGCUGCACCGGAAAUUCUACACAUCCGGGAGUUCGGCAGCAUUGGGACCUCACUAGUAAGCACGAAAUCCGACUUAAUCGGACCAACGAUUGCAUGGAAAUCCAAGGAACAAAAAAGAAUGUCGCUGUCUGGUUGUACCCCUGCCACAGUCUUGAGGGGAAUCAGUUAUGGCAUUACCAUGAAAAGAUGCAGUGGCUGCAGCUAGGCCCGAUUUUUAUCUGCCUGGAAGCCGUAAGGUCCAAAGGAAUGUCAAAGGGACAAGGACGAAUUGACCUCCGUGCCUGCAAGAAGUACAAUAAACGCCAAAAAUGGAUUUUCUCAGAUUCCGUGUUGAAAAAUCUUGUGACUAAGACUAAUAAUUAAAACUAUGUUUUAGGAUUAAA